UUUGGUAAAUUUGGUAAGCGUUCCCAGAAGUCUCGCGAUGUUGCGCCUCUGCGUUUUAGAGGGCGGCUGUUGGUAGAAGAGGUUUCAUGUUCUCGCGACAUUACCUGCUGCGGAACUCCCUGUCACCUUAGAAGAACUAAGACCGGGGAAAAUAAAUUAGGAAGAGACUAUGUCUGUGAAUGAUGAUGGGUAUGUGGUGAGAAUUCGUGGCUUGCCUUGGUCCUGCACCCAGGAAGAGGUGGCAGGGUUCUUCUCUGAUUGUAACAUCGUCGGGAAAGUGAAUGGAGUGUGCUUCACGUUUUCCAAAGAAGGAAGGCCCAGUGGAGAAGCUUUCGUGGAGCUGAAAUCAGCAGAGGAUUUUAAAAAAGCCAUAGCAAAGGAUAGGAAACACAUGGGUCAUCGCUAUAUUGAAGUUUUCAAGUCAAACCGUAGCGAGAUGGACUGGGUGUUGAAACGCAGCGGCCCUACUGACUACGACAGCUGCAGCGGGUGUAUGAUACGUCUCCGGGGACUUCCUUUUGGAUGCAGUAAGGAGGAGAUAGUGCAGUUCUUUGCAGGGUUGAAAAUCGUGCCAAAUGGGAUAACAUUGCCGAUGGACUACCAGGGGAGGAGCACAGGGGAAGCCUUCGUGCAGUUUGCCUCAAAGGAGAUAGCAGAAAAGGCACUGGGGAAACACAAGGAAAGAAUAGGGCACAGGUACAUAGAAAUCUUUAAGAGCAGCCGGAAUGAGAUCCGAGCUUACUAUGAGCUCCCCAGAAGGAUGAUGGGGCAGCGACCCAGUCCCUACGACAGGCCCAUGAUGGAGCGAGGUGGGUUCUUCCCUGGUCCAGGACGGGGGGGUGCUCUUUUGGACCAAAUGCGUGGAGGAGGCUACAGUGGGGGCUAUGGCGGGUUUGACAACUACAAUGGCUUCAGUAAUUACUGUUUUGGCAAUGGCAUGUUUGAUGACCGAAUAAGGGGCGAUAGAGGAAGAGCUAUAGGUGGCCAUGGCUAUGGUGGUGCAGGUGAUCAUAGCUCCCACAGCGGUUCCCACAGCGGCUUCCAUAGUGGCCAUUUUGUACACAUGAGGGGCCUGCCUUUCCGUGCCACUGAGGGAGACAUAGCCAAUUUCUUCUCCCCAUUGACUCCUGUGCGAGUUCAUAUCGACUUUGGACCAAAUGGGAAAUCCACAGGCGAGGCUGAUGUUGAGUUUAGGUCUCAUGAAGAUGCUGUUUCAGCUAUGUCUAAGGACAAGAAUCACAUGCAACAUCGAUACAUUGAGCUCUUCUUAAACUCAACUGCUAGUGGAGCAUCUGAAAUGGGCCGUGGCGGCGGUUUCUAUGGUAACUCAGGAGGCAUGGGCUUGAGACGGAGUGGACUGAGGGGGAUGUUCUAAACAGGAGUAAUCACCAUUCUAAACCAAACGUUCAAGUCUUGAAGAUUUGUUUUGUAUUUGAAUGUUUUCACAUGUUCAGAAAAAGUACCUACUUAAAAUAUUUUCCAGUCUCAAAGAGUGGAAUAAAAAGUAUAUAUUUGAGCAGUUGCAUAGGCUAACCAACUAUUGUACAUUUUACUUAAUACAUUUUAUAUUUAA